CCUCUGUCUGUCUGACCUUUUGUAUGUUUGUGUGUGAGCAUGACGGGAUCCCUGUCAUUGUAAAAGUCUUGCUCCUCUCUUUGGUCCAUUCCCGGUGUCUCUCAUUAUCACUAACACACUCAGAGAGAGAGAGAGAGAGAGAGAGAGAGAGAGAGUCUGGACUGGAAGAGACAAAGAGUCUGAAGCGUGAAACUGAAGCCCUCAUCUUAAUUUCCUGUUUCACUGUAAAGUUGGGUUUGGUCAGUGUAACUGUAACAUGAAUAAUAAUUGGCUUCCAGCUGGUUGGAAUUUUGAGAGUGAUCUUCCUGUGACCAAUCAGAAGAAAUCCUUGGGGCAAGACAAUGACAUAGUAGAGCUGUUAUGGAGAAAUGGUCAGGUAGUUUUGCACGGUCAAACGCGAAAACCAAGUUUCAAUCAUAAUGAUUCAAGACAAGUAGUUCAGAAACCAAAGCUAAGAGGUAGUGGCUCAUAUGGGAACUCAAGCAAUUUAAUUCAAAAUGAUGAUGAUGGUGAUGAGACUGUGUCGUGGGUACAAUAUCCUCUCGAAGUUGAUCCCCUCGAAAAAGAGUUCUGUUACAACCUUCUUUCUGAAUUGUCACCAUCUGAUCCUAAAGAAAUUGAACAAGACAAGCUUCUUAAUAAGUUUGGUGCUUCUGACACUGAUGUUGAUGCUACUCAUGUCAUUGCGAACUCACAUCAACCAACUAGUAUUAGUAUUAGUAAUUCUGCUGUACCUGAAUUCCCUGGCAACUUGGGCCAUCAUCCUCCUAGAUUUCCUUUUCCUGAAUCAGCAGCCCAGAAAAAUCAUGAGUUAGGAGGGUCAGAAAAAGUCUUGAAUUUUAUAGGAUCUUCAAAUGGGCAACACGGAGGGGAAGGAUCAGGUCAAUUGAUGCAAGGAGAGGUUAGAGAGUGUUCAGUAAUGACGAUUGGAUCCAGCCACUGUGGCAGCAAUCAAGUACCAAAUGACCCUGAUUUUAGCAAUGGUGUUGGGACUUCUGCUUUAUUUGCUGGACCUGUAAAACAAGAUGUUCACAAGAUAACGCCUCAGAGUGAAAGACGAAAAAUGGACACACUUGAGCCUACUGCUGCUUCUUCGUCUGGGGGCUCAGGUAGUAGUUUUGGAAGAAGAUGCACACAAUCUACUGGUGUCAAUAGCAUGAAGAGAAAGGUCAGGGAUGCUGAGGAAUUAGAGUGCCAAAGUGAGGCCGCUGAACUUGAAUCAGCGGCUGGAAACAAGCCAGCGCAACGAUCAGCAUCUUCCCGCAGGAGCCGCUCUGCUGAAGUUCAUAACCUUUCAGAAAGGAGACGGAGAGAUCGGAUCAAUGAGAAAAUGAAGGCAUUGCAAGAGCUCAUACCACACUGUAACAAGACUGAUAAAGCAUCAAUGCUAGAUGAGGCAAUUGAAUACUUGAAGUCACUUCAGUUACAACUUCAGGUAAUGUGGAUGGGAAGCGGGAUGGCUCCAAUGAUGUUUCCAGGCGUCCAGCGCUAUAUCUCUCUAAUGGGUAUGGGAAUUGCUCCUCCUCCUAUGCCUUCUAGUCACAAUCCAAUGCAUUUACAAAGGGUCCCACCAGUUGAUCCAUCCAUGUCCAUGGCUCCAUCGACAAACCAUGCUCUAAUGUGCCAAACUCCAGUUUUGAAUGAUGUUAAUUAUCAAAAUCAGAUGCAUAAUCCUUCUUUUUCUGAGAAAUAUGCAUGUUAUAUGGGAUUCCAUCAUAUGCAAACUGCGUCUCAGCCCUUGCAUAUGUUGAGAUUUGGUUCCCCAACAAUUCAACAGAGUCAAACAACGGUACUGCCUGGGACUAGCAGUGCACAUUUAAACGGAGGAGCUGCAAUUAAUGAUACUGCAAAUGGCAUGAAUGAUGGUUAAUCAGACGCAUAUUUUAUAUGGUCCCCCACCACUAAAAUUAACCCGACCAAUGUUGUUGGAUGGAGAAAAGGGAUCACUCAAUUCAGCAAAAAAAGAAAGAGGGGUCACUCUUCCUGGUGGAUAUUUGAAACAAUUAUAGCUCGCAUAGCACUCAUGCGACUUGGCCUGCCCAAUGAAAGAGACAGAUGAAGAGUCACUUCGUACUUGCAUAUGUCGAUGAUAAACUAUUAGAAGAGUUGAUAUGUAUCAAUCAGCCAUUGAACUUGAUGUGUAAGUUUUACGAGCAGAGCAGAUGCACUAGUUUUUGUAGAGUCCUAUUUUUUGUUGCCUCCUGCUUGGAAUUCUUUCAACUCUGUCAAAUAAAAGAUAGUUGCUGUUUUGAAAUAUGUACAACUAGCAGCAUUUUUCUUACUUUUUUUAGUAAGGGAAUACAAAUCCUCUUAUUUCA